AUGAAGGCCAGGAGACACGUCUACCCCGAGCCGCGACGCCAAGAUGCUCCUCCGCGCCCUCACCGAUUCGACUUCCAGGUUUUCCGCCUGGUCGGUUCCAACUUCCAACUCAUCGACGCCAUUGACCACGAGGAGAGCGCCUGGAUUCCGUGGCGGACCUCGUCUCCCGCUUCUUGGCUUCCACCGUUCAUCACUUCACCGUCAUGCCCCAUCUACCGCCCGUGCGGCGCCAUCUGCAGUGCAUUGAGGCCUCUUUGCAUGCCCAACCAGCUCGGCGAGGCUUAUAUCCAGUCGGCCGGGUGGAAUCGCACAUCGAUACCAACGUCAACCCAGCAAGAUCUCGUGCUGUCGCCUCGCGCCUCGCUCUUCACUACUUCAGGUUACGCCGCCGCUGCGAUGUAUUGCGCCGAGGUCCGCGGCGUACUAGAGCCCUUCUCGAAUAACCAUCCCGGGCCUAUGUACGGAAUGCAGGUGCCAUCGAUGUCGUGGGUGGUUCAUACUGGUCUCGACACCUUCGGACGGUUGAAGAUGCCGCAGGGUUCGAAGAAGUGGAGCUCUUGA